CUGCGCUCGAGGCUGCCCCUGAGUUAUUUAUAAAUGUCGGGCUGGGGCCUGGUGACGUAGCGAGGAGUCCGAGCGGCGUCUGCGAGCGCGUCGGAGCCCCCGCCCUCCCCCCGCUCCGGCUGCUGCGAUGGGGAGCGAGGCGGCGGCCCGGGGGCUGCCGGGAGCCGGGGCGGCGGCAGCAGCGGCAGCUGGGCAUGUGCCAGGCGCCGCCACCGCCUGAGGAAGAGCCCCAUGGGCGGCGGGCUCCCGGCGCAGAGCGUGGGGCCCAGCAGCUGACAGCCCGUGGGCGGCCCGGAGGCCUCGCCCGGCCCUGCGGCGGCGGCGGCGGCUUCACCGUGCCUGGAGGGAGGCUGCCCGCGUGGCCCCGCGGAGCCGAGCCCCGCUCCCGCGCUGGCCCGGCCGUGAGUUUGGCAGCGGGCGGCCUGGGGGACUGCGCGCUCCCGCCUCGGGGAGACACGGGGCCCCGAGCUGCCUAGCCCCCCCCGCUAGCCUGCAAGUGGCGGGGGGACCGAGCUAGCCCCCCCCCGCCCCAGCCCUAGGAAAGAAGAGGGGAGGCUUGGCCCUGUGUUGCCCGCCCGGCUCCUCCUCCCCUUUCCCUACGCAGUAGCCAGAGAAGAGCCUGCUCGCACAGACGGAGCAGGACGGUGGAGGCCAUGAAUAGCAGCAGCACUUCCCACUCUCUAACCCAAAGAGUCGUGCACAGAGGAGAUCAAUAGAGGAGGUGGGUUGCAAGCACACCAUGGCGGGAAGUGGCUACACAGACCUGCGAGAGAAGCUGAAGUCCAUGAUGCCUUAUCGGGACAACUACAAAGGCAGCAGCCUGCGGGAUCCUACAGAGUCCCCCUAUGGGGGGGCUGCUGCUGCGGAGCGAAAACGCAAGUACCAUGAGGACUCUGACUCUGAGCCCAGUGACUACGAGGAGGAGCAGCAGCAGCAGAAGGAGGAGGAGGAGGCCCGGAAAGUCAAAAGUGGUAUCCGGCAGCUUCGUCUCUUCAGCCCAGACGAGUGUGCCAAGAUUGAAGCCCGGAUUGAGGAUGUGGUAUCUAGAGCUGAGAAAGGCCUCUACAAAGAGCAUACGGUGGACAGGGCCCCUCUUCGGAACAAGUAUUUCUUUGGGGAGGGCUACACGUAUGGGUCCCAGCUGCAGAGACGAGGCCCUGGUCAGGAAAGGCUGUACCCUCAGGGGGAGGUGGAUGCCAUUCCUGAGUGGGUGCAUGACCUGGUGAUCCGGAAGCUGGUGGAGCACAGGGUGAUCCCUGAGGGCUUUGUGAACAGUGCGGUGAUCAACGACUACCAGCCUGGUGGCUGCAUUGUCUCCCAUGUGGACCCUAUCCACAUCUUUGAGAGACCCAUCGUCUCUGUGUCUUUCUUCAGCGACUCUGCACUCUGCUUUGGGUGUAAGUUCCAGUUCAAGCCCAUCAGAGUCUCCGAACCUGUCUUGUUCCUGCCAGUGAGGAGAGGGAGUGUCACUGUGCUAAGUGGAUACGCAGCUGACGAAAUUACGCACUGCAUUCGACCACAGGACAUCAAGGAGAGGAGAGCUGUCAUCAUCCUUCGAAAAACAAGACUAGAUGCUCCUCGAUUGGAAACAAAAUCGCUGAGUAGCUCUGUGUUGCCACCAGGUUACACCUCUGACCGUCUAUCAGGAAGCAACAGGGACCAGAUCCUGAAACCAAAGCGGUCGCAUCGCAAAGCAGACCCUGAUGCUGCUCACAGGCCGCGGAUUUUAGAAAUGGAUAAGGAGGAGAACAGGCGCUCGGUCCUCUUACCAAAACAUAGGAGACGGAGCAACUUCAGCUCUGAGAACUAUUGGCGAAGGUCUUACGAGUAUACAGAGGAUUAUGACGAGGAGGAGGAGGAUGGAAGUCCAGCCCGCAAAGUUAAAAUGAGGCGACAUUGAGGCAUGAGCUUUCCGGAGUCUCAAAGCUGAAGAGAUUGGCCUCCAGUCUAUGAAAACUCCCUCUCCCUCCCUUCCCUCCCCUCUCCUCCUGACCCCAGCUAUUUCUCAUCUAGCUUCAGUUUUGUUGUUUCCUUUCAGGCUGAAGAGUGACUGGGAAGGAUCUGGCUAUUUGUUUUUAUGAAUGGAGUUAUACUGAGGCAUAAAUAUUGGUGGAAUGUGUAAGGUGCCACCUGCAGUUUCCAAAGGGGUGUGUCAGACGGGCAUCCCCUCCCUCAUGAAGUGGAUAUUGUUCAUGCUGCACCAGGCUGCCUGGUCUGUGUUCUUGAAAACACCAAAAAGUUAACUGUUUCGUUACUGAAGAUUUAAGAAAUUAAUUUUUCCUUUGCUUUGUUUAACUGAGUUUCUUUUUAAAAUGUUCUAAAUAUCUUGUUUGACCCCAAGAGUUGAAACUCUUUGUAGCGGCCUCAUACUCCAUGCUACACCAAAGGGCUCCUAAAUUCCUAUGUCUGCUAUUACAUAGUUUGGGUUUUUUGUUUUUAAAGGUGUCCUGCAGCAACUGGAAGUUUUGAAGCUUUGCAGGCACCUCUUACUGCAAUCGAUUACAAAGUAUUUAGGAUAUUUGUUGCACUUUAGUAACAGUUUUUAAUGCUCUAUGCUUCCCUUCACUUCCCCCUCAGCUAGUUUGGGCUUGCAAGCAUCUUGUUUUCUGCACUGCUGACUAGAGGGUGUAUCCUCUCUGCGAAGGCCAUACAUAAGCUCUUGCUCACAUCAGUGGUGGUUUUGAGGGGCUCCUCGAGGAGAGAAUAGGCUUGUUUGAAGGAGGGAGGAAUGUUGGACUUGAAGUUGCUCCAUCCACUUGACGCUUCUCGCGAACAGCAUCAUUACAAUUCAGAAGUAUAUUGUGUUUGGGUGUGUUUGGUUUUUUUUUUUUUUUUUUUUAAAUCUCUGGAUAAGUGUUUUAGCUGGCUUUAUUGAGGCCUGUAAAGCUAUGGGACUGAGAUCCGUAUUGGCCCCCUAGGCCUUUGAGUCUGAAAAUGAUUGAUUGUGUGUGUGUGUGUGUGUGUGUUAUGGAUACAUGCUUUUUCCUUCUCAAAGCUAGAGAAUAGCCAGAACAAUGUGUAGGGCUAGCAGAUCGCACUUGUGAGGGAAUGUGGCUUGGCAACACCCUGGGAAGGGCUGUCUUUAUGCUGGCUGGCAUCUUGGUAGAAGUGGAUCUCUCCCUUCUUGGUUCAGGAGGAAAAGGAUCCAAACUAUGUUAUCUCUGGAGUACCCUAUUGGAGGAUGCUUCAGAGCAUUGCAGCAGCUUGAAGAACCUCUCAGACUUCUCAGCCACAAAGAUGUGCUGAUGCAUAGCAGAAGUGUGAUAUUGUCGCCCCAGUAGAACUAGAAGACUUGGGGAUGUCUGGGGGGGAUUGUCCUUUUGAGGCAGGAACCCUCUGCUUAGGUGUCAGAUGCCUCCCAUUUAUCUUGCAUAGCACUGUCUGUUCCUAGCCUCAACAAAUAUCACAACUGGUCUGUGUCCCUCUUCUAUUUACUGAGAGACACUAGGAAUUCCGGUGCCGUGAGCCUCUUGGCCAACUACUUAAAGUGCUGAGAAUAAGAUUCCUAGAGUCCAAGGAGUUAAUAGGAGAAUUUAGAUAUUCUAAUAUGUUUUUCUGAUCAUCUUUUCACAUUCAGUCUGCAUUAUCCUGGCUUGAAGCCUCAAUGAGUUGUCAAAGUUUGGGGUCUAAUAACUUAUUUAGUACCCUAAUUUUAAUAAAUAAACAUUAACAUUCUCUCCUCCAUUUGAUUCCUUGAAUCCAAAUGUCAGCAAUUGCAAAUAUUGGUCUUUAUUUUUAAGUUGUUUUUUUUUCUUUUUUACAGCUUUGCCUUCCCUAAACUUUUUUUUGGUAGUUUUCUUUGGUAUCGUGUCUUGAACACUAGCUAUGGUCUAUGUACUUUACAAUAAAAAGAUCUAAUAUAUUUUGAAACAUGUUUGGUGCUGUCAUGAGGAGUUUUCAGUCCAGAAACCAAGCAUUGUUCCCUCGUGUGCUGUUUGUUGGAAAUCUCGCAUGUUUACUAACCAUCUGACUUCAUGUGUGGUUCUCCUACCCCAAAAUGUACAGGUGGUUCCUCUUGAAUGCUGAGACUAUUUAAAACUAGAUCCACCAUUGGUCACAAUGCAAACAAAACUACUACAGCCUUCAGUAGAAGUUUUAUCUGCGUAAGGAUUACUAGACCUAGGGUUGUCUUUUUGUGGUGGGUUGUUUUUUUCCUGGUUAAGAACUUCAGUUGGCAUCGCUCAAAGUUGAGAAUAGUCUUUCGCCAGCCCUUUUUAAAAAGAAGAAAAAGCUCCACCUCUGCCCAGAGUUCUAAAAGUUCAUGCUUCUGGCUGUCUUUAAAAUGUAACUUGCAUUUGAAAAUCUGUUAAAUUAGACCUGCUGUUGCUCUGUCUCCUUGCUUGUGGAUGAGAAUAGCAAUCCAGUUCCAAGACCAGCUAACAAUCAGAAAGGAAAAACUCUUCCCUUUCAGUUUCUCAUGCUGGAUCUGCUGCAGUCUUGUCUGUCUGUUGCUGGCCUUGUGAAUGUCACUGUUUUAAGAUGGUGACUUCUAGCAGGAGGCUGAGGAAUGGUUUUAAUUAGAACACUCUUGGAUUCACACUUUAAAUGCUGCUAAAAUGCCCUGUGUGCUUCUAGGGUGCUGUGCUUUGAGUACAUCAUUCUUUUAAAUAGUAGCAUUCUGAUUCGCUUAAACGUAGCUCUGGCUGGAUAAAUAGCAGAAACCAUAGUGAUCUGUGCCUCUCUUUCCUCUUUCCUGUGACAGUCCUCUUAUGAUAUGCAGUGCCCCCCCCAAACACGCUACAUUAAGUCUACCUCUGCAGUAAGGAUACUGUGUUCUGGCUCCUCAACUUAAAAUGAAGUUGGUUGCAAUUGUGCCUCUUUUGUGAUGUGAUAUUAGUGGCUCCCAAAUCAGCACUUGAUAGAGCAAGGUUUGCUGUGUGACCCAGAUGGGAAUGAGGUACUGGAUUUGUCUUAAAGGAGCUCAAGACCGACUAAUGCAUUAUGUAAUAGAGGUCUCUCCUCUAACAUGGUACAAAUGACACCUCAUUCUGACUCUUAUGCAUUCUGUGUAGACAACAGGUACCUUUACUUCAGAUUUAUUUUUGUAUUCUUCAGUGCAACUUUUUCCUGUUUUCCAUCAUUGCUGUUUGUUCAGUUCUACAGGUUUUGCUCAAGUGGUCAGGAAAGCCUUUUAGCGUUGGUCUCAAAGUCUGGUUGUGGGUUUGUUUGGUGUGGUGUUUUGUGUUUUUUGUGUGUGUUUUUUUUUUUUUUUUUUUUUUUUUUUUUUUUAACUGACUGCAACAUUGAUGCAUGGAGAGAUUGGGGCACAACUAAUUGGACUCAAGGCAUCUUUCUCUUUAGGGCAGAUGUCACCCUGUGUAUUGACAGGCCAUCCUCCCCAGUUGUACAGAUAUUUUAUAUAGACACACGUAUGUAUAUCUGUAGAUACAUGUUUUUUAACUUUUUGCACUGAUCAUCACUCAAAGUGAAACCUUGAAUUUAAAAAAAUGGAGAAUUUACAUUUUCACACAGAUGUAAAUGUCUGCUGUAUUUUAUUUGAUGGAACAAUGGCUCAAGGUGUUAGUGACACCCACAUGUACUCUGUAGCUGGCUUGCGGUGGCCUAUGGGGCUGCUUGCAAGUCCCACGUCAGACUUGCAUUCACUCUCCUAACCUCGAGAAUGUCCAGAUGUGAGGCGAGUUCUGGCAACUCCGGUUUGGUUAAUAGCUGCCCCGGUCCCACCUCUUUUCAUCUCUGGGGUCGGGGGGGUGGAACUUGGGUCAUUACCAGCUGCUCAGAAAUGGAAGAUAGCGCCAGGUGGCUUCUAACAAGGCCUUAUUCAGACUUGACCAACUUGGCUUUAAAAUCUUCCCUAGUCUGGUACAGUAAUGUUGUCCAAAUUUCUCUCUGUAAAGCUGCAUGUCGUAUGCAGAAUUCAUUAAACUAUCAUCUAAAUCAAAGACACAGUAAAAUUACUCCCCAAAACACCCCCAAACCUCGACCAUGACAGCAUUUUUCUUACCUAAGGAAAGUCGAUGCUUUUUGUUUCUCUGCAAACAAAGGCUGGGGAGGAAUUUUUAUUUUUGCUACAUGUGGCUAUAUGUAGCUGAAAUGAAUCUGUUCUAGUGGUGGAAUCAAAACUCUGAGCCCAUUGAAUGGGCUUGGUGUGUCCAUAGGAAGAGUGUGAAAAGGUUUGCUAGUAACAGAAGAGAAGUGUUAGCACAGGGAUUUCUUUAGAUUCCUUCUUAAGUUUGAUGCUCUAGGCAGAACAUUGCUUUGCUUCUUAAGCAUCUGGCAACCUCAGCAGUUCCACUUAACAGCAUCUAGGUAAAUUACACAAUGGUCGGAAGAUGUGGGUUGGCACAUCUGGCUUUUACCACCUGCUAAAUUCUAAUCCAGCUGUUGUAAAUAAAUUGAGUUGUGGCACACAUGAGCUGUAAUCCAAAGGCUUGGUUCAUCUUGAAGGUUAGCCUAUGAGUUGAUAUUUUGGCAACUGACAUGCACGCUUCUGAGUUAGUCAAUCAGGGAGCUUCUACUGUAACAUUCUCUCUCACACACGCAAGCGUAAUCUUUUGUUUCUUCUUCAAGUUCUCAAACUCUUUUCCAGGGUUCCUGUGCAGGGAAAGGGAAGAGCUCUAUUUCUUGGUUUUUAAUGUUAGUAUGAGAUUUUUUGAUAGCAGUGCUCACUGGAGAUGGGUCUAAACCAAAACCCCCAGUUCCAAACAGCCCUGAAAUUUGGGGGAAGUUCAGAGCAGGACCCGAACCCUGUGGCUUGGACCCACCUCUAGUGAUAAGUAGUUUUAUAUGCCAAAUGCAGUUUCCCUUUUUGAGACUGAAAGGGAAUGCUAAUCUGAUGCUCUGACAAGCACCACAGUACCCCUUCCCUCCUUUUCUCCCCCUUCCUCCCCCCCACACUCACGCUCUUAACAGAGUUCUGGCUGACUUAAAUUUUGUUUUUUUUUUAAAAAAGAUUCUAACUUUUUGUUACAAAUAAAUAAAGUGGCAAUAUUUUUUUCUGUAAUUUUUUCAUAGGAAAGCGUUGUUUGUAACAAAGUUGUACAGUUCUGAAGUUUGAGAUACAAAAGAAGUACUGUGUGGAACGCUGUAAAUGGGGCAGAGAUUAUUUUAUGUACAGUACCAUGGGGGGAAUCUUUUAAUUCUGGUUGAUUCUUAGGAAGAAUUUAGUUCUUCACUGUCAGGGUUUGGAAUUUCAUGGAUUUCGUUUUUUUUUUCUUGUAUAGAAUGCUGCAUUUAAUUGAAUAAAAGCAGAAAGCAUCA